AUGACGUUAAUCUCAAGGUUUAAACGUACCAAAAAGGCCAUUGAAGAGAACAAGGCCAAAGUCACCGCCGAAGAAGAAGAAGAAAAGAAAAACGAAGAAGCAGCUGUCAAAGCACCAUACAAACACGUUCCAUCUCAUGCUUCAGUCGAUGCACUUUUCGGAGCCCCUUCAACAUGGAAACAUGAAGAUCGACCCAAAAUCCUAGAACACAAUAAACGGAGAAGUCAGCGAACUGUUAGUCGUACCCAUAGUACUCUUUCCACUAAUUCACCUGGAAAUGCUACUCCCAAUGACACACCUACUACGACACGCGCCGCUAGUUACGAUGGCUAUAAUCCCACAUGGAAUUCUCGUAUAGAACAGGUAACAUUUUUUGACGAACUCAAUCGACCUCUUCCUCUUCCUCCAAUCAAAACUCAAGUUCCAAAUGCUCCUGAUUCGGCUGUUGGUAUAAGUCCUUCAUCAACUGCCACUCAAACUACAUCUCAAAUUCCAAGUCCGGUAAAUAGUAAAGCGCCCUCCUCCGCAUCCUCCUCCAGCGACAUAGGUUUGGAAAUCACCGCCAAAAUACCACGCAGACCCCUUUUAAGCGAUGCUUUCAAACAUCAGCCAGUAAUCUUCCAAAACCACGAUAUCUUACAGAGAUUACAUACAAGUACCACGCGCAAAUUGGGAGAGGCUCCUAAUAUCCAAGCUCCUAUCGUUGAAGUACCAGUACCAGAACCUGCCGUGGUAGCACCGGUUGCACAAACGAAACCUGUUGUGGUAGCAGUAGCACCAGUUGCAAAAUCUCGUUGGAGUCGCAUGGGAAAGAAGAAGGAGGAAUCUACUAAGGAAUGA